CAUCCAUGGCACAAGCCACAUGGCUGGCAGCAGUUGUCGAGUGUGGACCGACGCAAGAGGCGUUGGCCAACAUGCAGAAACAGCGCUAUGUCAAGAGUCCCUAAAUGACGACCAGCGCGAAUUAGUGCAACUGAUGCAAUGUGAGAAUGUGGUUGGGAAAUAUGUAGACCCAGAUGAACCGGUGAACUGGCGGGGCGAUCCAACCGAUUCAUGCACCAACCAUGGAGGGGAAGCUUUUCAGAUUUCAAGUACAAAGAUUACAGCCCCCUGCUGCAGGGAAUGCUGGCUACGCGGCGCAGCAGUGCAGGGAAAGCAGCUAACCUCGUUAAGAAGAGACAAACCCUCGCAUAAGCAGGCCGUUCGCUUGGACUCGGAGACCUAUGUGGGUCGUGUGUUCCCCAUGAAGUUUCGUCUACGUCGAGCGGCAUGCAGGUGUCGCAAUUGUAAUCGGGAACUGGCGCUACACGAAACAGUGACUGGCAAUGAGGAUAUGCUAUUGUUGUCCGAUUGCUGCACCGUCAAGAUAGAGUCACACAAGCAGAUCGAGAAUUGGAAUCGUGUUCCUGUCGGCUUAAUAACGGGAAAGCAAAAAAUUUCCAAAAGGACUCUGACAGAAAGCUGUAAGGAAGAUAAAAAAUCCGUGACAUUACCACGUCCAGCUGCCAAAGAUCCUGUGAGGAAAUCGAACAAAAGAAGAGCAACUAAAUAUGUAAAGAGCGAUAAGUCCGGAGCACAGUCGAAAAAGUCAAAAAUUUGAAUUCAAAUUGAAACGGCUUUAGAAACAGAUUGCAAUGCAAUUUUGAAUAGAGUUCUCAGUUAAGGCCUAUAGAUGAACGCCGAUUAUUGAAAUUGCACAAUUUUGAUUUGCUUUUCAUUUAUAUGUUUUAACUCAAAAUUUCUAUUUAAAAAUGUCUCUAAAGUAGCUUCAAUGCGAGAGCAAAGUAUAUAUUUUUUUUUU